AUGGAUGAUAUGAAAGAUUUGUUUUUCGAUCAAAAUUACAAUAAAUACAACAUAAUUUUGGUUGCGUGGGGUAAGGGAGCAAAGAUCAGUUCGUACUACUUGGCCGCCGCCAACACACAAGUGGUGGGAGGACUCGUCGCAUACUUUAUCAAUCGUUUGUGUGAAAUCUAUAACAUUAAAAACGACAAGUUUUCGCUGAUCGGACACAGUCUGGGCGCGCAUGUGAUGGGUCAGGCGGGUCGACGUCUGUAUAACCCGCGUGUGGCCCGAAUCACAGGCCUGGAUCCGGCCGGACCCGGGUUUCGCGAUGAUGCCCGAAGACUCAACAGAAAUGAUGCCUCACUUGUGGUUAUAUUACACACCGAUAUAUCGGAGUAUACAAUAACGGAAGGCUUAGGUCAGCCCUUACACUCAGGUCACGUCGAUUUUUUCCCAAAUGGAGGCAAAUUACAGCCGGGAUGCGCCUCAUCACGCGGUAUCUUAAAUGCAAUCAAAGCAAUCCGUGCUGACGAACAACUCUCGUGUUCACAUCUAAGAGCU